ACAACCCUAUUAGCGCUGGGGGAGGCAACACGUUGAACGUGGUUCGCGGUAGGGCCUUCGAUUUUUACGGUAGGCCCCCAGAUAUUCCGUGAAACGAAAACGAUUAUCAGGGCCCGAAUUUGGGACUGAUUUGCGGUCCGAAAUCGGGAAGUGUAAUUUGCGCUAUAAUGGACAAAAUGUCACAUCUGUAGAGCACUUAAAUAUAAAAGCGUUUUGCAUUUCUAACCACAUGUUUGCCUACUCGCGUUGAUAUUGGUUGCUUUAUACACGGAUAAGGUUAAGCUAAAUAUAAAACGUCUAUAAAAUUGUAACUUUUUCGCAAGACCGAAUUUUUCGUUUCACUUUUCAGUUUUGGUAGCGGAGUGGUUUUACUUAAUUAAUUAAUUUAUAUUAAUAAUAACGCAGUCUAAAACUGAACUUAUAAAGCCCUAUUCGUUAACAUAAGUCCAAUAGUGGCGUUAUCAUAAAGUAGCUGUGUGAUUUCAACUCACCGGCAUGAUUUUACUCAGAAAUGUCAGAGAUAAAGUAUAAAAAAGAAAUUUUGUCAGCGAUAGACCAUUUGCGUUCAAGGAAAUCGAGACCAGACAUCAACCGAAUUUGCAAGUUUAUGUUAAAGUGCUACAAAGUUGCCCCGAAAUACACUAAAGCAGAUCUUAAACGUUGCCUAAAGGAGAAGAGCGUUUAUAAAGUUGAUUAUAAAGAUAAUGAGAGCUAUAGAAACGCUGCUAAGUGGCGAAGGAAAUCAAGCCAAAACAACAAAAUGUCAUCAGCAAUAGCAACAAGUGAACGACGUAUAAUUACCUCAGCAAUAGCCACUCUAAUCUAUCAAGAUCAGAGUUACCUGGAGAAUGGGAUUGCAUUUGAUGAACUUGUACAGGAGGCUGCUUCACAAGAAUCUAAAUACUCCAAGAAACAGUUGGAGACCAUUGUAAAUAAAGAGUUGUCUUCGGGUAGUCUUGUAAAGCUACCAAAUGGAAACUUGGCAUUGGGCCCUGCCGAUCAUGAUGGUGACAGUUCAGACAGCUUUAAAUUUGACUACAAUGUUGAGUCAAAUACUAAGAUGACUUCUUCAGCAAAUUCUUCAUGCCGAUCAUCACCCCAACGAAUGCGAGGGCGGCCAAAAAAACGCGGCGGCGGGUCCUCCAGCACUGGGCCAAGCAAUAGCAUGACUAGAAAUGCGGGCGUCCGAGUAGGUGAAAGACGAAAAAUGGCCAAAAAAGUCUUUGACCCAUCAGACAACAAUGUUCCUAGCAAACGCAAAAGAGGUAGACCGGUAGGGUCCCUCAACAAGAGCACUAUUAAAAAGCGCCUUCUAAUUACGGGGCAGGGAAACAAGGACAAAGAAGGUACACCCGUCUCUGAAAGCCAAAUGUCUUUAGACGGAAGUGGCGAUGAACUGGAGCAAGAUGAACCAUCACCCCAUGAGACUUCUGGAGGAGUUUGCUCAGUAUGCCAUAUUCAAAAAUCUCGCGGGUCCAAUGAUAGGCUUAUUGAAUGCCGAGAUUGCAAUAAUAAGGCACACUUAAACUGCCUGCAUUCAGGAUCUGGCAUAUUGAAACCUAGGCCAGAUAAUACCUGGCAAUGUCCACAUUGUAAAACCUGUGUAGUUUGCUGUGAGACUAAUGAUGCUGGAAUAUUAACAGUAUGCAGCAUAUGUUCAGAUGCAUAUCACGCGCUUUGCCACACUCCACGAAUCCCAGAGCGUCAGAAAGCGUGGGACCAAUGGGAAUGUAACAACUGCCUUGAGUCACGACCCACAGUGGUCGGCUCCCCGGCUAUCAUUCCUAGCAGCCUAGAGUACAGUAUUCGAGGAUCUCCUCCGGUCGAGCCAUUCCUAAAACCCCAUGAGUUGGACAGAUCUGAAUCUAAACUUGCGGAAGAUGUGCCUAUUGAUCCAAGGAUACCUGAUAUAACUAAUUGGACAACAGAUGAUGUAUAUGACUAUUUUAUGGAGAAUUUUGCAGAAGCUGCUCCAUUGCUAAAGGAACAGGAAUUCGAUGGACAUGCAUUGAGCAUGGCACGGCGAGCGGACAUCGUGAGAGGCUUGGGACUGCCUCUCGGUCCAGCACUCAACUUAUACCGCAUUGUAGUCAAGCUACAAACGAGGAAAGACGACUGGACAAUGUGUUGGGGUUAACUCUCUAAUACCCCCCAGGUACAACGAGCUAUAAAAUUGCAUGUGACAAUUAUGAACUCAUUCAUAAAUCGGCCAUACAAUUAUGCGGUUGGGUGUAAUCAUCAUCCAUACUGGUAAUUGACAAUAGGUAAACCGUAUUGCAGACUUACGGUGUUAUUGAUAUAAGCGCUACAAGCCUCAAUUAAUAUUAAUUGUUUGUCUUAAUCUGUCAUUAUGAGUUAUGUGCUUAUUUGUUAGAAAGCGAUAGAACAUAAAUAAAGUAAUUGAGGUUUGUAAAGUUUUAUGAAUAAGGGGGAUAAGGUCCACAGAUGGUUAUACGUCCGCCAAACAUAACGUGCCGAUGGAGGCGUACAUCACAAGGAUGCGUGGUUCAAACGUGAGCGAGAGGAAACUAGUGAGAGUCAGAAUCGCGGGUGUACCUAAAUAAAAUCAAAUGAAAAGCAUACCAUAUUUUUGUACCUAAUUUGUACUGUUUAGUACCUCGUUUAAAAAAAUUUGUACCUCACGGUACGUAAAGUUAUGAUCAAAAAACAGGUCACCCGCCAUCCUGACAGUCAGAAUGGCGGGUGUACUUUAUUACGCUAUGUU